AUGAGCAAUAAAUGUUUACUAACUGCGUUUCGCAUCAUUAUGACAAUAUUCUUUGUCAAGCAGCUAUGGGCUUUAUCAACAACACCAUCACCAACCACAUCAAACACAGUACCUGAAUACCCUGGAUAUCACCUACCCGUGAAUCUAACAGCAGUUGUCAUUGAAACAGUCGAUGAAAGAAACAGCUAUUUUCUCAAAUGGGUGCUGCCUGUGAUGGAUAUUGCCAUCGAAGACGUCAACAGACUUUAUGCGGGAAUCAUGAACCUAUCUCUGGCUUAUGGGAAUGGAAGUUGUGAGAAAUCAGCGGUAGGAGUGGCUGCUGCUCGAAUUAGCUGUUCUCACAACAUCAGCGUCUUCAUUGGACCAGCUUGCAGCAAAUCAGCUGAGGUAAUAUCUUACAUGGCCAACGACUGGAACGUCCCAGUUAUCACGCCCGUUGCCAGCACGGAAAUCAUAGGGGACAAGAACGUCUUCCCCCGGCUGACAAGAAUCAGCUCCGCCAUGCAGUUGCCCAUCAUCAAUACCGUCUUCAGUCUGAUGACCAUCAAUCAUUGGUAUCGUGUAGGUAAGCUGGUGAUUCCUAA